ACUUAACACGACAAGAUCUCUAUGGUUGUUCCAAACAAACAACCUAAUUACUCUUUUAAGUCUCCCAUUCUCAUUCGAUAUAGCCAAAAACCCCUUUGACAUUGGCUGCUUCCCGUACAAAGCUGAACACAAAACUGUAGUGAUACAAAUACAACACUUCGAGGAGCAUCCAUGGCGGCAGCCGCAGCUACAAAAGUACUCCCUUUUUCAGUCCUUAUCCAUUUCUCGAAACGCUUUCCACGCCGACCCACAAAAUGCUUUCUUUCUCUCCUUCCUCCAUUAACAACAAGAUUCAUCUCUUCUUCUUCCACUCCUUAUCCUCUUCAGUACGAUAUGAUUAUCUCUCGCCCUGCUCCUCGACAUCCUCAUCAAAAGCUUCCUCAUUCUCCUCACUCCAAACCACCCACUGAGUCAUCCGAUUCUGACUCGGACCCAUCAAGUUUUGAGGACUGGGUUGACAAGAAACUAACCGAGAAUAAAAGUAAUACUAAUGGGUUGGAAGAAAUGGAUAAAUCUAAAAGAAAGUAUUACAGCAAGAGGAAGAAGAAAAUGUAUGGUUCUGAUUCUGAUGAUGAACGAAGGAAGAUAAGAGAAAAAGGGGAAUUUGUUGAGUUGAAACCUGAAGUAGUUGAGUUAAGAACACUUCAUAAAAGGGAAGAAGAAUUGUAUUUCUAUGAUACUUUAGCUUUUCCAUGGGAGAAGGAUAAGCAUUAUAAAAUGGUGUAUCAAUUGGAGAAGAAGUAUUUUCCUGAUCAGUGUUUAGAUAAGGCUUUUUUAGAACCUGGGCAGUCGAAUUUGAGUGCCCGUCAGUCGAGGAAGAAGAGGGAAGAUAAGGGUGAGGAAGAUAAAGGAAUGAUUUUCUUUGAGGAAGGAAAAGAUGGGAUGAGUAAUCAAGAAAAAAAUGAGGUAGGAAAGGAUGGCGGUAAGGACAUAUCUGAGAAGAAGGUAGAAGAGUUCUUCAAGUGUUUGAAGAAAGUUCCCAGUAAGAACUCUCAAGUUUGUGGUGUAGCCGAGCCAUUUUUGGCUUCUAGGACUUCUGGAUUGCCUCCUAAAUGGGAUAGUCCUGCUGGAACUGUUGUUUUGGUGAACAAGCCUAAGGGUUGGACUUCAUUUACAGUCUGUGGCAAAUUGCGUCGUUUGACUAAAAUUAAAAAGGUAGGACAUGCAGGGACUCUGGAUCCUAUGGCUACUGGCUUGCUGAUUGUUUGUGUUGGGAAGUCAACUAAGUUGGUUGACAGAUAUCAAGGCAUGAUCAAGGGUUACAGCGGAGUUUUCCGUUUGGGCGAGGCAACUUCCACAUGGGAUGCAGAUUCACCGGUAAUACAGCGCGAACCAUGGGAACAUAUCAAGGAUGAGGACAUAAGAAAGGCUGCUGCAUCGUUUACUGGUGAAAUAUGGCAAGUGCCCCCUAUGUUUUCUGCAAUCAAAGUUGGUGGGGAAAAAAUGUAUGAGAAAGCAAGGAGAGGAGAAAGCAUUGAACUUUCACCUCGACGAAUUUCAAUUUUUCAAUUUGACAUAGAACGCAGCUUGGAAGACAGGCAAAAUUUAAUAUUUCGAGUCACGUGUUCGAAAGGUACUUACAUUCGGUCCCUGUGUGCAGACUUGGGCAUGGCUCUUGGAAGUUGUGCUCAUUUAACGGCUUUGCGAAGAGACUCAAUCGGGGAAUACACUGCUGAUGAUGCAUUUGAAUUUCAAGAGCUAGAGGAACAAAUUGCAAAAGGGUACCUAUAGCAGUACAUGAGUCCGCGUUUUAUUAUCCGGUGAUGGGGCUAGAGCUGCAUCUAUAAUCUCGAGCAACUGUUCGUAUGAGGAACACACCAUACUUCUGCCCCAAUUAUCAAUCCGAAUCAUUUGCAGGCUUAACGGAUUGAAGCUUCGAACCAUUGACAUUUGACAUACAUUCAAUAUAGGUGUUGGGGUCGUUAAAUUGUGUGGUAUGAGGCGUUUCAGGAUGUAGUUAUGAGAUUAGUACGACCUUUGUUUUUCCUACUAUUUCUCCCUUUUCCUGUGAGCUUUAUAAGAGACGAGCAUUGGUGGCGGGUAUUUUGACAAUUAUGUAUACGGAGCCUUGAUGGAUGCUUAGCCAUCGGAUAGUAGAGUCGAGUACUCUAGCCAUAAAGGGCUUGUUCUUAUUUUCGAAUUCAAAUCAGUGUUCGAUGUCGUCUAAACUCUAGUUUGUUGUGUAUCUGAUUUUGUCCUUAGCACUUGGUUACCAUGUUCUUCAAACGCUUAAUGUCAACAGGUUUAUCCUGCACAUCUUGCUCGAGUGGUCGAUGCAGGGUGCAAAAGCGGGAUUUCCAAUUCUAGUUUUCUA